AUCGAAAAAUUAGAUGAGAAGAAGAGACACGAGAUUUUAAAGGCACACGAACAAGUCAGUAGGGAUUUUGGCAAUAUUUUCUCCACUCUACUACCCGGAACAAGCGCCAAAUUGGACCCGCCACAAGGCGCGAAGUCGGCGCUGGACGGUCUUGAGGUGAAGGUGGCAUUCAGGGGGCAGUGGAAGGAGUCGUUGGGGGAGCUGUCCGGAGGUCAGCGUUCGCUGGUGGCCUUAUCCCUUGUGCUCGCCAUGCUCAAAUUCAAGCCGGCCCCCAUUUAUAUAUUGGACGAGGUGGAUGCUGCACUCGACUUGUCACAUACGCAGAAUAUUGGUGCCAUGAUAAAAACACAUUUUAAGGAAUCUCAGGUCAUUUUUUUAUUAUUUAUUAUUAUUGCUUAUUAUUAUUUAUUAUUAUUUAUUAUUAUUGUUUAUUAUUAUUUAUUAUUAUUGUUUAUUAUUAUUGCUAUUUAUUAUUGUUGUUAUCUGUUAUUGUUGCUGUUGUGA